AUGGGAUUCAAGGCUUGUAUACUGGAACUACUGAGUCUCUCCUUGGUCUUGACCACUCAAGCUGAGAAUAUCACGAGUGACACUUACUUCUACGGUCAAUCACCACCUGUUUAUCCUUCGCCAAAUGGAACCGGCUCGAGUGACUGGCAGUCUGCUUAUCAAAAGGCAAAAUUGUUCGUCGGCAAGCUCACUCAAGAUGAGAAAAUCAACUUGACCGCAGGUGUAACUGUCAGCAACGGGUGUUCUGGCAACAUUCCUGCUAUUGAGCGUCUUGGUUUUCCAGGUCUGUGCGUCUCCGAUGCCGGAAAUGGUUUGAGAGGAACGGACUUUGUCAAUAGCUGGCCAAGUGGUCUUCAUGUUGGAGCCAGCUGGAACAAAGACCUUGCCCUAAAGCGAGGUUCUGGUAUGGGUGCUGAGUUUCGCAGAAAGGGUGUGAAUCUGAUGCUUGGCCCCGUUGUCGGACCUCUCGGCCGUCUCGCUGAAGGUGGAAGAAACUGGGAAGGGUUCUCAGAUGACCCAUAUCUGACAGGAUCCCUUGCUUACUUUACUAUCAAGGGUGUGCAGUCAUCAGGUGUGGGCACUUCCAUUAAGCACUACAUUGGUAAUGAGCAAGAAACGAAUCGCAACCCGGGAAGCAAUUCUCAGGGUGAAUACACCGAGGCUGUCUCAUCAAACAUUGAUGAUAAGACCAUUCAUGAGCUAUAUCUCUGGCCCUUCCAGGAUGCUGUUCACGCAGGAAGUGCUUCUGUUAUGUGCUCUUAUCAGCGCCUCAACAACUCUUAUAGCUGCCAGAACAGCAAGGCCCUGAAUGGGCUGUUGAAGACGGAGCUGGGAUUCCAAGGAUAUGUCAUCACUGAUUGGUAUGCUCAACAUGCUGGCAUUGCUGCCGCUAGUGCCGGACUCGACAUGGUGAUGCCCUCUUCGACUGUAUGGGGCAGUAAUAUCACUACUGCUAUCAAUAACGGGUCUCUGGAGGCGUCGAGACUAGAUGACAUGGCCACACGCAUAAUCGCAACAUGGUAUCAGCUGGACCAGGACACGGGUAUCCCAUCCCCCGGCAUCGGAAUGCCAGCGGAUGUCAGUACUCCCCAUCAACAAGUCAUUGGCAAGUCAUCCGACACCAAGGCAAUUCUUCUUCAAAGUGCAGUGGAAGGACAUGUUCUUGUGAAAAAUACAGACAGCACUCUCCCACUCAAGUCCCCCAAGUUGGUUUCAGUAUUCGGAUAUGAUGCACAGUCACCCGAAUUUCUUGAAGUCAGUCUCUUAUGGGGAUCUACCUCUGACCACUUCAAUAGCACAUUGUAUGUUGGGGGUGGCUCUGGUGCGAACUCUGCUGCCUAUAUCGAUACUCCUAUUGAGGCAAUUCAGCGCCAGGCCUAUGCCGAUGGUACAUCUGUUAUGUGGGAUUUUGAUUCCCAGGACCCUGAUAUUGAUCCUAAUUCGGAUGUUUGUCUGGUUUUUGUCAAUAGCUAUGCUACCGAGGGAGCUGAUCGGACCGACUUGCUUGACGACUACAGUGAUACACUGAUCACAAACGUUGCAACCAAAUGCGGAAACACAGUUGUUGUGAUUCACAAUGCCGGAAUUCGAAUAGUCGAUGACUGGAUCGAUCACGAGAACAUCACCGCUGUGAUCUUUGCCCACCUUCCCGGCCAAGAUACAGGUCGUUCGCUGGUUGACAUCCUCUAUGGCAACGCUAAUCCAUCCGGCAAGCUUCCAUACACAGUAGCAAAGACAGCAAGCGACUAUGGCUCUCUUCUUGCACCGGCAGAACCAGCAGGUGAAUACUGGCUAUUCCCACAGGAUGAUUUCUCAGAGGGCCAAUUCAUCGACUACCGCGCCUUCGAUGCAAAUGACAUCACGCCAAGAUUCGAGUUCGGAUAUGGAUUAUCCUAUACAACAUUCAAUUAUUCUAACCUACGUCUGAGUAAGACAAAAAAAACGACGACUCAAUACCCUCCCUCGGCUACUAUCGUCGAGGGCGGCAAUCCGCAUUUGUGGGAUGAUCUCGUGACCGUCACGGCCCAAGUACAGAAUACUGGCAGUGUGGACGGCGAUGAAGUUGUACAGUUGUAUAUUGGGAUUCCGGGCGGGCCUGUGCGACAACUCCGUGGAUUCGAGAAAGUCUCUGUGGCUAGUGGUAAAAGCGUUACUGUUGAAUUUUCGCUCACCCGAAGAGAUUUGAGUAGUUGGGAUGUUGAGGCUCAGGAGUGGGCUCUUCAAGAUGGAGCUUACAAGGUCUAUGUUGGCUUAUCAAGUCGAAAUUUGCCCUUGGAGAGUCAAUUUACCAUUUGA